GCAACCUCGUUAGCGAAUCAGUUACGAACGAAAAAAAUCAACGAUGAAAGUGCUAGCUAGUCUACUAGUCGCCAUAGCGAUCUUCAAUGGCUUCGACUGCCAAGUUUACUACCAUCCCGUCCAAGUUUUGAUACCGACGAUCAACGGAACGUUGGCAACGAACCAUUCGAUUCAUAAUAAUACUAGUUACGGCAGGCCGCCUUCCUCGUUCAUCAAUAAUGGUUACAAUAACAACUACCCUGCUUACAACGGUUCGGCGAGAUACAAUUCUUCGGUUUACAACGGCACCCAAGACGGACACUUGUUCAUUGGAACUAUCCAAACUUUCGACAGGCUCUUGUUCAACCAGGAAUACUUCAAACCCAGACGUUGGUACAGCAGCAGGGACAAAACCGUGGAGUACCCCAAGGACCUACCCGCCGGCUAUUCGAGACACGAGACCAUUUCUGCUAUAAGGAUAUACAACAAGUUUUACGACGGAAAUUCGGCAAGAGCGACCAUCCUAUCGGGGGGCAUCGGAAGACAGUACGUCAAAAUUAAUCUCCACUCCACAUGGGGCAACGGUUUCAGAUAUUUGGUCCAGAUUUACGGACGUUGAGAUAUAAUAUCAACUGAGAUUGUAGAUUGACGGAAAUAGAACGAUGUUGAAGUUU